AUGGCCCAAAUCCGCGGCACUGCCGGUUACCAUCUUGGUGGACCUCCAAGACAGUUUGGUGGAGCACCACAGAACCCAAACGCCACAAACGAUCCAUCGCCUCUCGAUGCCAUCCGAGAGCAGACUAGCAAGAUUGAAGAUCUGCUGGAUACCUAUUUCGAUCCUGUUAAGCCUUACCUACCGGCAAUUGGACGAUUUUUGAUCGUUGCUACCUUCUUGGAAGAUGCAAUUCGGAUAAUUACUCAGUGGAGCGAACAGCUCAAGUACCUUAGCGAUUACCGACACAUUCCUUGGGGUCUCACUCACUUCUUCCUUCUUGCCAACGUCGUCACAAUGGCUACCUGUUCCGUCAUGGUUAUCGCUCGCAAGCACUCUGAAUACGCCGUCGGUGGUCUCAUCGGUGUCGUGGUUACCCAGGCUCUCGGAUACGGUCUCAUCUUCGAUCUUAACUUCUUCCUUCGCAAUCUUUCCGUCAUGGGUGGGCUUCUCAUGGUAGUUUCUGACAGCUGGAAUCGCAAACGAUUCGCUUUCGCUGGAAUUCCACAGCUUGAAGAGAAGGACAGGAAAAUGUACUUCCAGCUUGCUGGUCGUGUUUUGCUCAUCUUCUUGUUCAUUGGGUUCGUCUUCAGCGGCGAAUGGAGCCUUACUAGGGCUCUGGUCAGCGUUUUGGGAUUCGUGGCUUGUGUGAUGGUUGUUGUUGGAUUUAAGGCUAAGUGGAGCGCCAUCAUCUUGGUGGUUAUCUUGAGUAUCUUCAACGUUAUCAUCAAUAACUUCUGGACUCUGCAACCACACCAUCCUCACCGCGACUUUGCCAAGUACGAUUUCUUCCAAAUCUUAUCGAUUGUUGGUGGUCUUGUCCUUCUUGUCAACAUGGGACCUGGUCAAUUCAGUGUCGACGAGAAGAAGAAGAUUGUCAUUAUCGCGAUUAUAAACCUUUAUCGAGUUAUUCUCCGGUUCUUUGUUGGAUUGUUUAUGAGGAUACGGUCCCUUGGAGGGAGAUCACCACAUUAUAGAACACUUGAGGAAUUACAUGGAUUAUUAGCUACGGCAACCACUUUUGAAGAAUGGCAAGAGGCGGCAGAGAGGCUCGAUGUGCUUUUGGGAAAGGAUGUUUGGCGGAAGAACCCGGUCAGUAAGAGAUAUGAUUAUAAGAUGAUACAGGAGCGGUUAGAGGCUUUAGAGAAGGCGAGGAGCGAUGGGGAUGUGGCCGGUUUAGUGAAUCUUUUACGGUCUGGUGGGUAUCAUAUCUCUUUGAAGUCGUUUUCCGGGGGGCAAGGGGCUGACGAAUGUGGUCAAUCUUAUGCAGGGACGAAGCUCUUGAUUGAGGACUACAUACAGUCGGUGAUGGCUUCGCUUUAUUAUAUUGCUGAACUCCCACCUUCGCCUAUUCUUUCGCCUCAAAAGAAAUUAGAUAUCUUGCAUGAUACGCGAUCAUCCUUCGGUAGAACUUCGUUGAUCCUGCAAGGUGGUGCUAUCUUUGGAUUAUACCAUAUUGGAGUUGUAAGAGCUCUAUUGCUUAGAAACCUAUUGCCUAGGAUCAUUACAGGCACCGGAGUCGGGGCACUGAUCGCUGCCCUAGUAUGUAUUCACACUGAUGCGGAACUCCCAGGGUUCCUCUGUGGCGAGGGAAUCGAUCUUUCUGCUUUUGCAGGGAAAGAAAAAGGUGGAGUUAAACGGAAGCUUUUGAGAAUACUGCGAACGGGGUAUCUUCUCGACAUCGGGGUUAUAGAACGUUGUGUUAGGGCCAACGUCGGGGAUCUAACGUUCGAAGAAGCAUACCAGCGAACAAAGAGGGUAUUGAAUAUUACACUGGCGGAACAGAAGGGAAUUGGUGGUGCGGAGAUUCCGGGGCUACUUAAUCACAUUACGACGCCGAAUGUGCUGAUCUAUACAGCGGCUUGCGCAUCUAAUGCCACCGGUGGACUUUACAAGGCGGUGGAGUUGCUUUGUAAGGAUCAUAAUGGAGUUGUGGUCCCUUACACUAGUACGAUUCCGCAGCGGCAAGGGUCUCCUGGGUCUGAAGCUACGACGACAGCUACCAACACUACUACCACUGGAAAAACGAAGUUGUCGAGUCGAAGGCAUGGAGAUCCGAGGGGUUCACCACACGCACGAGUUGCGGAGCUAUUUAACGUCAAUCAUUUUAUCGUCAGUCAGGCGAGACCUUACAUCGCCCCAUUCAUAUCACCGGCACACACGCAUUCCACUAGUUCAAGUUUUUAUAAAGUACUCGGGCUAGAGAUUCGACACCGAUUGCAACAGAUCGAUACGUUAGGAUUGUUACCGACUGGGAUUAGGAAGUUUCUGAUCGAUGAAGUUGUGCCGGGCAGUACACUGACUGUUGUUCCUGAUUUGGGGUGGAUGGAUUUUGAAAUGUUGGUGGAGAAUCCAAACUAUGAAAGGGUGGGAUAUUGGGUUAUGAAAGGGGAGAAGAGUGUUUGGCCUGUUUGUGGAGAGGUGGAGGUAAGAUGUGGAGUAGAAUUUUGUUUGGAGAGGCUGUGGGAGGAGGUUAGGAGUCGGCAGCCUGGGGUCGGGAGGAGGAGAACGUGA